AUGGGUGAUGGUCUCUUCUCCGAGUCCCGCUCCGGCCGGGUGGAGAUGCGCAAGUGGAGCUCCGAGCCCGGGCCGGAGCCCGACACGGUGGAAGCCGUUAUCGAAUACAUGUACACCGGGCGCAUCCGUGUCAGCACGGGCAGCGUGCACGAGGUGCUGGAGCUGGCCGACAGGUUCCUAUUAAUUCGCUUAAAAGAAUUUUGUGGAGAAUUUCUCAAGAAGAAACUUCAUCUCUCUAAUUGUGUGGCCAUUCAUAGCUUAGCUCACAUGUAUACCCUGAGCCAACUUGCUCUGAAAGCUGCCGAUAUGAUACGGAGAAAUUUCCACAAAGUAAUUCAGGAUGAGGAAUUUUAUACUUUACCUUUCCAUCUUAUUCGAGACUGGCUGUCAGACUUGGAAAUUACGGUUGAUUCCGAAGAGGUUCUUUUUGAAACAGUUUUGAAGUGGGUUCAGAGAAAUGCUGAAGAGAGGGAGAGAUACUUUGAAGAACUUUUUAAAUUGCUCAGAUUGUCCCAGAUGAAACCUACCUAUCUUACUCGGCAUGUCAAACCAGAGAGGCUGGUGGCCAAUAAUGAAGUUUGCGUCAAGUUAGUGGCUGAUGCAGUGGAGAGGCAUGCUCUGAGAGCUGAGAACAUACAGUCUGGUACAUUCCAGCAUCCUGCUUCUCAUGUCUCGUUAUUACCUCGCUAUGGACAAAACAUGGACGUGAUCAUGGUUAUUGGAGGCGUGUCGGAAGGAGGGGACUAUUUAAGUGAAUGUGUGGGAUAUUUUGUUGAUGAGGACAGAUGGGUAAACCUGCCCCAUAUUCAUAAUCACCUGGAUGGCCAUGCAGUUGCAGUAACGGAAUCCCACGUGUAUGUUGCUGGAUCAAUGGAACCAGGUUUUGCUAAAACUGUGGAAAGAUAUAACCCGAAUUUUAAUAUAUGGGAACAUGUUUGUAGUCUGAUGACCAGGAAGCAUUCUUUUGGGCUAACACAAGUCAAAGGGAAGCUCUAUAGCAUUGGAGGACAUGGCAACUUCAGUCCUGGCUUUAAAGAUGUUACUGUUUAUAAUCCUGAGAUUGAUAAGUGGCACAACUUAGAAUCAGCACCAAAGAUUCUUCGAGAUGUCAAAGCACUAGCCGUUGAAGACCGGUUUGUGUAUAUCGCUGCCCGCACUCCUGUGGAUCGGGACACUGAAGAUGGAUUAAAGGCCGUAAUCACCUGCUACGAUACAGAGACUCGACAGUGGCAAGAUGUGAAAUCUUUGCCACUUAUUGACAAUUACUGCUUUUUCCAAAUGUCUGUGGUCAAUUCCAACUUUUAUCAGACGGCAUCAUGUUGUCCCAAGAGUUAUUCUUUGGAAAAUGAAGAGGCAGUCAGAAAAAUCGCCAGCCAAGUUUCCGAUGAGAUCCUGGAAAGCUUGCCUCCAGAAGUCCUGAGCAUCGAAGGAGCAGCCAUUUGCUAUUACAAAGAUGACGUUUUCAUUAUUGGAGGCUGGAAAAACAGUGAUGACAUUGACAAGCAGUAUCGGAAAGAAGCCUACCGCUACUGCGCUGAGAGGAAGAGGUGGAUGCUGCUUCCUCCCAUGCCGCAACCUCGUUGUAGAGCCACUGCUUGCCACGUGAGAAUCCCAUACCGGUACUUGCAUGGCACCCAGAGAUAUCCUAUGCCUCAAAACUUAAUGUGGCAGAAGGACCGGAUCAGACAGAUGCAAGAAAUACAUCGGCACGCCUUAAACAUGCGGCGAGUGCCAAGCUCUCAGAUCGAAUGCUAGGUUCUCUAAUACGUGAAGCUUAAAACAGUUACACACCUGUUUUUUGAAGCUGACGAUACCAGACUGUUACUUGAAAAAGUGUGUCAAUAACUUAUUUUCUACCUGAAUUGAUGAUUGCCCCCUAUAAAGGAAAUAUAGUUAAAACGGAAGACUGGGAAACUCAAUUCAAUACGUGGUAAUUUUUGUUAGCUUGCAGUCUUUUUCUGCCUUUGGUCUCUGUCUGUAGUUUGUGUAUGUGCUAGCUAAAUAAGAUCUUAUUAAAGACCAAUGGGAAAACCAGGCGUAGUUACUUGGCUGGUUUUCUGCCAAGAAGGUAUAACUCCUUUGUCUUAGGACUUAGGUUUUGAAGAUGCUUUAAGAACCAGUUUUAUUUGCACAUUUACCUUGAUAUUCCUUUUCACUUUUUUCCUGAAUGGUUGGUUUUGACAAGAUCAGAAUUUAUGCAUUGAGCCCUCAUUUGCAAGAGGUAUGUGCAAUAGUAGGACUGAAAUUUGAAGGAAAAAGCACAAUAUUUUAGCAAGAUGAUUUUAGAAUUUUUGCUUUGACAUUUUGUUUAUCUAGAAAUGCUGUUUUCUUUCCUUCUAGAAGAGAGGACUGAUGAGAAAUUUGUAAUUGGCUCAUGCAUUUUUUUGGAAUAUUUUUCAUUUCUUUAGCCAACUGAGUUAAUGACUUUAAGCUGUCACUCUGAAAUGAUGGUAGUUGGCACAAGUAUUGAUCUUUAGCUGAUUGAUUGAGUACAGAGGAUAUUAUAUAUGUGAAAUUUGUUUCUCUGAGAAGUAUUGGUGUAGUCUGAGAAAUCAAAGGCAUUAAAAAUUUUUAAAUACUUUUUUCAGGAAUUGCAGGCUUAUAUAAGGAUAAGUUCAUGAGUGUAAAUAAUGCUUAUGACAAUCGACACUCAAUGCCUUCAAUUUUAAAUUUUGCUCUAAUGCAUAUUUCAUAGGAUCUUCAUUCCUUUCUAAAAUGUUUUUUUGAAAUGGAAAGGGAAUAACAAUUUAGAGAAAUGUUGCUAAAAACAAGCCUUAUUUCUCAGCCCCCAUUGUUAUAAUGUCAUAUCCAGUUGCCCUGGACUUUUUUUUUAAGAAGACUUUAUUUGAGCCAAACUGACCACAUAUGCUGGGAGCAGGACCUAAAAUGCUCCCCAGUUGCCAUGAACUUUAAUUGGAACUUUGCCUGAGCCUGGAAUACCAAAUUUAAGGGCAUAAUUCUGGCCCUUCAAAAUUUACCACUGUAGUUAUUUUUAAUUUAUUUUUAUUCAUUCUUCUGAUUCUCUUAACACAUUCAAAAGCUUUAUACAAUUUAGCACUUGGUUUGACUAUUUUAGCACUCAGUAACUCCUACUCUUUUUGUUUGCAAUGUGGGUCCAGUAUAUUUUUCUUGUUUUCUAUUAUCGUAGGCAUUCCCAAACACUGUCCUAGAAGUAGAAUUCUAAGUGCAUUGAUUUUUUUUUUCCCUACUGCAUUAUAGUUAACCUCCUUAUUAGCUGUAUCAAACACUAAAAAAAGUACAACCAGAAAUUUUAGCUUUCAGCUGCAAGGCUACUAAUGUUUAGCCCUUGGACUCUACUAAGAAUUUUCCUGAAAUUUCUAAAUUGAUAUCACUACCUACGAUGGUUUUUCAAUAAAUGUGUUGGAAAUCUG